ACCUGCACGACUCAGUGACUUCAUUCAUUUUUCACGCGACAUAUCUCCACAAUAAGCCACAGACAAAUCUCGGAUGAGGAAAGAUUAAGUGUAUAGACAGGUGAACAGAGCCGGGUAUGCCUGCUCAGGUCAGCAACGGGCUCUCUCUGGAGGAGAGUGGUUUCCCCCCAAGCACAGGCCCUCCUGCCACAGUUCCGCCUCUCACUGGAGCUCUGCCCACAACCAACCAAUGGAAGUACCAAGAUGAGGUGGUCAUCAGCGGCAUCUCUUGCAGACUCCCAGAGUCUGAUAACAUGGCUGAGUUUCGAGAGCACCUGGUAAAGGGUGAAGACAUGGUGACCGAUGAUGGACGGAGAUGGGAACCAGGACUGCAUGGACUUCCCACACGUAGUGGAAAAUUGAAAGAUAUUACAAAGUUUGAUUGUUCCUUCUUUGGAGUAAAUCCAAAGCAGGCUGAUGCGAUGGACCCGCAGUUGAGACUACUACUGGAGGUUGCAUACGAGGCGAUCAUGGAUGCAGGUAUGAACCCCCAGUCAGUGCGGGGAUCUCGUACAGGUGUGUUUAUUGGGGCAAGUGCCUCGGAAGCCCAUGAGGCAUGGUCCACAGACCCGGAGAAGACUGUGGGUUACUGUAUGACUGGUUGUCAGAGGGCAAUGUUUGCCAACAGGCUCUCCUUCUUCUUUGACUUCAAAGGUCCCAGUUUCACCAUGGAUACAGCCUGUUCUUCCAGUCUACUUGCCCUAGACCAGGCGUUACUCAACAUUCGGCUUGGCCUGUGCGAUGCCGCCAUCGUGGGAGGCUCAAGUCUCUGCCUCAAACCUCAGACGGCCCUACAGUUCAUGAAGCUGGGAAUGCUUUCUCCUGAUGGGGCCUGUAAAUCAUUUGACAGUUCAGGUAAUGGCUACUGCAGGAGUGAAGGGAUAGUUGUCAUCCUCCUACAGAAGAGGCUAGAAGCCAAACGGGUCUACUCCACGCUGUUACAUUCUAAAAACAAUGCAGAUGGCAACAAAGAACAAGGUAUUCUUUUCCCGUCGGGGGAGCAGCAGAAGAAGCUGGUGAAGGAGGUAUAUGCUGAAUCGGGUGUGCAUCCAGCUGAGGUGCAGUACGUAGAGGCUCACGGGACAGGAACUAAAGCUGGUGAUCCCCAGGAGGUGAACAGCAUCGCUGAUGUCUUCUGUCCUGGCCGGGAGGGGCCACUGCUGAUUGGCUCAACCAAAUCCAACAUGGGGCAUCCAGAGCCUGCUUCAGGCCUUGCCGCCCUAGCCAAGGUGGUGAUUGCUAUGGAGGAUAGGGUCAUCCCGGCCAAUCUUCACUUCCAGGAACCUAACCCAGACAUUCCCGCCUUGGUUGAUAACCGUCUGAAGGUGGUGAGCAAGCCUACUCCCUGGAACGGUGGGCUUGUGGCCAUAAACUCUUUUGGAUUUGGAGGGACAAAUGUGCAUGCCAUUCUAAAGUCAAAUAAUCGUAAAGCUGACCAGCCCAUGCAUGAAGCUGCAGACAAAAAGCGACUGUUUAUUUGUUCCUCGCGCACGCAGGAAGGGUUGGAUAAAAUCCUUGUGCUGAUGACGCAGCAGCCUCAAAAUGUAGAAUUGCAGGCAUUGCUGACUGAGAGCGCAUCGAUCGUACCCAGUUCUCAGCCAUACAGAGGUUAUGCAGUCCUCAACACAGAUACGCCACUACAGGAGGCUCAGAAGUGCCCCCCAGAGAAGAGACCUGUCUGGUUUGUGUUUGCCGGGAUGGGCACCCAGUGGCAUGGGAUGGGUCGCAGCAUGAUGCAGAUUAAGGGAUUCUACGAGUCCAUCAUGCGGUCUGAUGCCGCCCUUAAACCAUACAGUCUGAACCUGUACGACCUGAUCAUGACUGGUGACAGCUCUGUGUUUGACAGUACUGUACACUCCUUUGUUGGAAUUGCAGCCAUACAGGUGGCGCUAGUGGACAUGCUUAUGGCUAUGGAGAUCGUACCAGACGGGAUUGUCGGGCACUCGGUUGGGGAGUUGGGAUGUGGAUAUGCGGAUGGCUCCCUAACUGCAGAGGAAACGGUCCUUGCGGCAUACUGGAGAGGGCGAUGUAUCCAGGAGGCUAAACUACCCCCAGGGGGAAUGGCUGCUGUGGGGUUGACGUGGGAGGAAGCUAAGGACAUGUGUCCCCAGGGGGUUGUAGCAGCCUGUCACAAUGCCGAGGACACCGUGACGAUCUCAGGCCCUGCAGAGCUGGUGAAAACUUUUGUCAAGGAGUUGAAAGAGAAGGGGAUAUUUGCCAAGGAGGUUCAGAGUGCUGGUGUAGCAUUCCAUUCUCACUACAUGGCUGCUAUUGCAUCCACACUGAAGACAGCACUCGAUAAGGUGAUCAAGCCCAAGCUGCGAACAGGUCGCUGGGUUAGCAGUUCUAUCCCAGAAUCUCGCUGGGACACAGACCUGGCUCGCUUUUCGUCCCCGGAGUAUCACGUGAACAACCUAGUGAGUCCAGUGCUAUUUCAGGAGGCCUUGAAACAUGUGCCAGCCAACGCCAUUGUGGUGGAGAUUGCCCCCCACUGUCUCCUGCAGGCCAUCCUCAAACGUUCCCUCAACCAGAGCUGCACAUUCACAGGACUUAUGAAGAGGGGAAACCCUAACAACCAGGAUUUCUUCUUUGCCAGCCUGGGAAAGUGUUACAUGAAUGGGAUGUGGCUGAACCCCCUGAAACUGUACGCCCCAGUCGAUUACCCUGUACCAGUGGGCACCCCUAUGAUCUCCCCCCUAGUGAGUUGGGACCACACCCAGACCUGGAAUGUUCCCCAGCCCGCAGACUUCAUGGCAGGAGGCGGGGGCAAACAUGCCGAUUGUGUGUUUGAGAUUGACACGUCCCCAGACUCAGCCGACAGCUAUCUGGUUGGUCACUGUAUUGAUGGGCGUGUUCUGUUCCCAGCCACCGGCUAUUUGGUGCUGGUCUGGCGAGCUCUAGCAAAACGUGCUGGACAGAGUUAUGAAAACCUCCCUGUAGUGUUUGAGGAUGUUUCUAUUCACAGAGCUACCAUACUGCCCAAAUCUGGUACUGUGAAAUUAGAAGUCAGUAUAAUGGCUGCAUCAAAUGAGUUUGAGAUCCGUGAGAAUGACUCCAUGGCCGUGAGUGGUAAAGCCAGGGUUGCCACGGAGACGGUGCUGGACCUGCCACUUCAUGCAGCUGUGGAGGCUGAGAGAAACGACCAAUUAGAGCACAUCCGGCUCAGUGCUGAUGAUAUCUACAAGGAGCUCAGACUACGAGGAUAUGACUAUGCUGCAGACUUCAAGGGUAUCCACUCGGCCGACAAUCUAGGUACAACCGGAGAGCUGGGCUGGUCGGGGAAUUGGGUGUCCUUUUUGGACACUAUGCUACAGAUGUCCAUCCUGAGUAAGGAGGAUCGUUGUCUGCGUCUGCCCACUCGUAUUCAGUCCAUUCGUAUUGACCCCACAGUGCACAACCAGAAGGCCUACACGGUCAAUGAGAAAGAAGUUGUGAAGGUUCUUGUGAGCAGCUGUUACAAUGUAACUGUAGCCGGGGGUGUUGAGAUCCACGGUCUGCACGCCACAGUAGCGCCACGACGCCAGCUACAGGACUCCCCAGUGCUGGAGGAGUUCUCCUUCAUCCCGUACAAGGAGGUGGUGCCCCCUAGUGGUGGAGAGGACCUGGCAGACUAUGUACGACAGUGCAUCGCACUAAGUAAGCAGGGCCUGAAGAACCUGCUGGCCAAGACCAAUGGAAUCAAACUUGUGAACAAGGACAUAGUGCAGGCCGUGGUGAAUGGUUUGGGUGCGGAGACAGUGGAGCAGGUGAACAAGGGAAAAAAUGGAGGAGGGGAAGGCCUUUUGUCUGUCCUAGAGGAAAUAUUUUCCAACUCGACUCCAGAUAAUGUGACGGCCAAUGUACAGACUGCAUUGCGGCAGCAUGCUGGUGAGCUGUGCAAGGACCGGCUGCUGUCAAACUUGCACCAUCCUCGCACCCUGAAGACCUGCUUGGACCUGGUCAUGGAGAAUAGGGUAGCCCAUAAACUGCGGCUGCUGGAGGUGGGUGGUGCGAGGGGUUUGUACCGACUGGUACUUCCACAGCUCAACACCCAGCCGCUCCUACAGUUAGAUUAUACCCUUUGUGAAGAUGCCUUGGACAAGGUGGACAGAGAGGAGUUAGAGGGACUUGGCAUGCAGGCUGUCCAAUGGGACAUCACCAUGGAGACCGCACCCACAAACAUUGGUACCCACGACUUGGUAAUGGCUGCGAACUGCCUUCACACAUGUGCCCACCCAGCAAAUGCCCUGGCCCAGCUGUGCGCCCUGAUGAAAGAGGAUGGCUUCCUGCUGAUACAGGAAGUCACUGAGAAUUUCUCAGCCUACAUCACACUCGACAUAUUCCAGAAAGAGCUACAGGAUUUUGACACGGAGAAAUGUUUUGGGUUAUAUCUGCCCCAGGAUGGCUGGAGAAAGCUCAUUGCUGAAGCUGGACUAGAAAUUGUGGCUGACAAAUCAGAUGACUUGUUGUCCACACUGUUUCUGUGUCGGAAAGCUUGCACUCUGGGUCCUGGCACCAAACUUCUGCCAGUGAAUGAUCUGCAAUGUAGCUGGGUGGAAAUGGUGAAGACCCAGUUAGUGGAGUUCCAGAGCAAGCCCAAGGGAGAUAACUUAUGGCUUCUUGUAGACCAGGAGGUGAACAGUGGCAUUGUGGGAAUGGUUAAUUGUUUACAUCAAGAACCAGGUGGAGAUCGGCUAAGAUGUAUCUUCAGUGCUGACACCACUGGCCCUCUGCUGUCAUCAUGGACACUGGCGACGGAGGAAUUCAUUGAACUGGCCAAGAAAGAUCUACUGAUGAACAUAUACAAAAAUGAAGUCCUCGGCUCCUUCAGACAUUUGCCACUUGAUAAAGACUCGCUGCAGUCAACAGUGGUUACCAAGCAUGCUUAUGUGAACAUUUUGACCAGAGGUGACCUGUCCAGUCUGACUUGGCUGGAGUCUCCACUAAAACACUUCAAACCUGCUGACCAUCUGGAGAAAGAGCUCUGUUCGGUUCAUUACGCUUCCCUGAACUUUCGCGACAUCAUGUUGGCUACAGGCAAACUACCCCCUGAUGCUAUCCCAGGGGACCUUGCCAGCCAAGAGUGCAUCCUGGGGAUGGAAUUUUCUGGAAAGAAUUCCAGCGGUGAGAGAGUGAUGGGGCUGCUGCCUGCUAAGGGUCUGGCCACGACAGUUGACGUGGAUCGUCGGUUUCUGUGGUCAGUUCCAGACAGCUGGACAUUGGAGGAGGCUGCGUCAAUCCCUGUUGUCUACACAACAGUAUACUAUGCCUUGGUGGUACGAGGCGGCAUCCAGAAGGGGGACCGGGUCCUGAUACACUCCGGGAGUGGAGGUGUGGGGCAAGCGGCAAUUUCAGUGGCCCUUAAUCAUGGGUGCGAAGUGUUCACCACAGUGGGCUCCCAGAAAAAAAGGGAAUAUCUCUGCAGCCUGUUCCCUCAGCUCAAAGAGGACCACUUCAGUUACUCCAGGGACCUCAGCUUCCAGUAUGACAUCCUCAAGGUCACAAAGGGCAAAGGUGUAGAUGUGAUUUUAAACUCGUUGGCGGAAGACAAACUCCAGGCCAGUUUGAGAAUCCUCUCCCCCCACGGUCGUUUUCUGGAGAUUGGGAAAUACGACCUUUCAAAGAACACUUCUCUGGGUAUGGCAUUUUUCCUGAAAAAUGUCAGUUUCCAUGGCAUUCUUUUGGAUGCACUCUUUGAUGAGGGUAACAAAGACUGGGAAGUGGUCUCGGCCUUGUUGACAGACGGCAUUAAGAAGGGUCACGUCCGACCACUGAAAACGACGACCUUCAGCAGAGAUGACCUUGAGGGGGCAUUCAGAUUUAUGGCUCAAGGCAAACAUAUUGGCAAAGUGGUUAUAAAGGUCCAGGAUGAUACUGAAUGCCAACCAAUCAGAGCUCUGUCACGGAGUUACUGCGCACCAGACAAGUCUUACAUCAUAACUGGAGGUUUGGGUGGGUUUGGACUGGAGUUGGCCCAAUGGCUGGUUGAGCGCGGGGCUCGUCACCUCGUUCUUACCUCUCGGUCAGGGAUUCGCUCUGGGUACCAGGCACGCCGUGUGAGGCAGUGGCGAGAGAGUGGGAUCGGUGUCCAGGUGUCCACACGAGACAUAUGCACUCUGGAUGGCACCAGACUGCUCUGUGAGGAGGCGGCAACACUUGGCCCAGUGGGAGGAAUAUUUCACCUGGCAGUGGUGUUGAGAGAUGGGCUGAUGGAGAACCAGACAGAAGAGCAGUUCCUCCAGGUGUGCCAGCCUAAAGUCAAGGGUACACUACACCUGGAUCAGGUUACUAGGGAGACCUGUAAGGACAGCCUGGAUUGGUUCGUCGUCUUCUCCUCAAUUAGUUGUGGGCGGGGCAAUGCGGGUCAGGCUAACUACGGAUUUGCCAACUCAGUGAUGGAACGGAUCUGCGAGAGACGACGGGCACAGGGCUUCUCAGGUCUGGCAAUUCAGUGGGGAGCCAUUGGAGAUGUGGGCAUAAUUCUGGACAGUAUGGGGGGCAAUGAUGCAGUGAUCGGGGGCACAGUGCCCCAGCGGAUGACCUCUUGUCUCGCCACGCUCAACCACUUCCUACAGCUGCCUAACCCUGUGCUCUCCUGCUUUGUUGGAGCGGAGAAGGCCAGUGCACAGACGGACAAGUCCGGCAAGGCUGACCUCAUGGAAUCAAUAUCUCAUAUUCUGGGUGUGAAGGACCCCAGCUCACUAAACCCAGACUCCAGCUUAGCGGACCUGGGGUUAGACUCCCUGAUGGGCGUGGAAGUGAAGCAAACUUUAGAGCGUGACUAUGACCUAGUACUAACCAUGAGGGAGAUACGUCAGCUGAGUGUGAAGGCUCUGCGGGGGAUUGGACAGGGUAUGGGGGGAGGAGAUGCCCCAGGCACUGUGCCUAAAGCCAAACAGGAGGCACCAGUAUGGCAGCGUCACGAGAAAGGACAAAUCAUGCCCAGAGAGGUGGUGGUGCAAAUCAACACGGGUCAGCCCACCCACAAGCCUCUCUUCAUAGUGCACCCAAUCGAAGGUGUUGCCAAGGUGUACAGCUCCAUGUCUAGUUGUCUCCCCUGUCCCGUCUAUGGUAUACAGUGCACACUGGAUGCUCCCUUGACCUCCAUGGAAGAGCUUGCUGCCUUCUACCUGAAUCACAUAAAGUCUGUUCAACCGGAAGGGCCUUAUCGAUUGGCUGGGUACUCCUACGGAGCAUGCGUUGCCGUAGAAAUGGCCCUGCAGCUGUCGUCCAAUGGCAGUAAGGCAGUAGAUCAGCUGAUUUUGUUGGAUGGCUCUCACAUGUAUGUGAGUGCACACACUCAAACGUACCGCCUCAAGCUGACCAAUGAAGCAGAGGCGGAGUCUGAGGCAUUGUGUGCCUUUGUCCAGCAAUUUAUGGACAUAGACUAUCCUCAGUUAACAAAGGAGCUGUUAUCUCAGCCUGACCUGGACAGUCGUGUGAAGGUGGCUGUGGAGAAGCUUAUGGCCCUGGGUCUAUUCACAGACAAGGGAGAGGUAGAGAUGGCGAUUCGCUCCUUCUACAAUAAGCUGGUGAUUGCAGAGAAGUACAAGCCAGCUUCGUCUUACAGCGGACAGGUGACUCUUGUCAAGUCCCUGUCUGCCAGCUCGGAGUCUGGCCUCCUGGGAGAGGACUAUGGUCUGAAACAGAUCUGCACAGGCUCUCUGUCCCUGCACACUGUGGAAGGUGACCAUACUUCCUUCAUCCUGGGGGAAAAUGGCAGGAAGGUGGCCAAAAUUAUCACAGCUCUCUUCUGAGAGUUGACACUUGUUGGCUGGAAAGAGACUGAACCAAUACUCUGUUGAUGGAGCAAUGAUCCUUUAGAACGUGAUAAAGCAAUGAUCCUUUGGAACAGUGGCCCUUAGGGGAGCAGUGUGUGCAUUGGCCCAUGGGGGAGCAGUGGUCCUUUUGAGAGUAGUGGCCCAUUUGGGGAGGGCUUUAAGCUGCCUGCCACCAUUACUGGAGCUCUGAGGGAUACUGGGUGUGACCCAAAUGGACCCGUGAUCUUUGAGCCAGAGGCAUUAAGGUGCCUGUCAUGAUUUAUGAUUGAAUUUUGAGGAAUACUGGUGAAACCCAUCUACAACAAUACUUGCUUCAUCCCGGUGAUCUUUGAACAAGAGGCGUUAAUGUACCCGUCAUUAUUUAAAGUGGAGUUUUGAGGGUGACUGGAUGACACCCAACUAAACCAAUACACGGUUCAUCUCGGUGAUACUCAUACAUGUCAACAUUGCUUUCUGUAUGGCAUUUUCAUAAUAGUGCUAGACUGUGGUGUUAUUUAAUGUGUCAUUUUGUUAAUGAAUUAUGUUUACAAUGAAAAUUUGUCGUUAUAUUUUGUAUUAAUGGGAUUGUUACAUCCCUGUAAAUUAUGCCAACACAUCAUUCCUUUAAAUUUUUCAUUUUACAGAGUAUUUAAAACACCCGUUCACUGUUAGUGCUGAAUACUUGUCAAAAUUGCUUUCUGUAUGGCAUUUUCAUAAUAGUGCUGGACUAUGGUGUUAUUUAAUGUGUCAUUUUGUUAAUGAAUUAUGUUUACAAUGAAAAUUUGUAGUUAUAUUUUGUAUUAACGGGAUUAACAUUACAUCGCUGUGAAUUAUGCCAACACAACAUUCCUUUAAAUCUUUUCAUUUUACAGAUAAAACACCUGUUCACUGUUAGUGCUGAAUACAUGUGUGAUGUCCACGUUAUUUGUUCUUCUAAAGAAUCAGUUUAUUUAUUUUGACAUUUACUUGCCUUGUCUGCCUUAUUUUCAAAAUAAAAUCUGUGCCAG